UUUGAGUGCAAAGAAGGCAACACCCCCUCUACAAUUUCUCAUGUACUCCAGAGAGCUUUGCUUGGGUUGCAAACAAGGUUAGAGACAGACAAGGUGAGAAACACAGCAGGUGAAAGAGAGGAUAGCAACAUGGCAUAUGCUGGAAGUCAGGAGAAUGUGGAGUUCGUGCGGACAGGUUACGGCAAGAACGCUGUGAAGGUGAUGUUCAUCAAGAGACAUGGGAGCCACCACGACAUUAUUGAGCUGAAAGCUAACGUGGAGAUCACUCUCAAGUCACGCAAGGACUAUCUGACUGGAGACAACUCUGACAUCAUUCCCACCGACACCAUCAAGAACACUGUCCAUGCCCUGGCCAAAAUAAAAGGGGUAAACACCAUUGAGCAAUUAUCCUUGGAUCUCUGUCAUCAUUUCCUGACCUCUUUCAACCAUGUGCUGAAGGCCAAAGUCUAUAUGGAGGAGGCACCCUGGAGAAGGCUGGAGAAGAACGGUGUUGGACAUGCUCAUGCAUUUAUCUAUAGCCCAGAGGCUUGUCGUUUCUGCGACGUGGAACAGAACCUCAGCGGUACCCCAGUGGUUCACAGUGGGGUGAAGGACAUGAAGGUGCUAAAAACCACUCAGUCUGGCUUUGAAGGCUUUUUCCAAGAUCGUUUCACUACACUGCAAGAGACCAAGGAGAGGGUUUUCUGUACCACUGUCUAUUCUAGGUGGCGCUACAACAAGGUCCAGGAUGUUGACUUUGAUGCUGCAUGGAGGUGUGUGAGAGACACAAUUAUUGAGAAGUUUGCUGGCCCCUAUGACCGGGGAGAAUACUCACCAUCUGUGCAGAAGACCCUUUAUGAAACACAGGUUAUGGUUCUGGAUAGGAUUCCUGAGGUGGAUGAAAUUGAGAUAGUCAUGCCCAACCAGCACUACUUCCCCAUAGACAUGACAAAAAUGGGUCUUAACAACAAAGCUGAGGUGUUUCUUCCUUUGGAUAAUCCCUCUGGUAACAUCACCGGGACAGUGUGUCGGAAACAGAGAGCCAGACUUUAAAAGAGAAAGCCCACCUUGAUCACUGCUGCUGGGCUUCAAUAUUACCCUGUUGAUCCAACUAUUAGAAAAUGUAUCUAAAUACAUGCUGACAAAUAAAUGAUAAAACCAAAAA